AGUUAUGUCAUUUUCACUUCCCUUGUAGUUUCUAUGCACUUCCAUAAACACUCUCAGAAUCACUUCAAGAAACAGAGCAGCAAGCACCGAAACCAUGUCAGUUUGGACCACCAGGGCUCGCCAGGCCGCCAAUCUGGCACGGCUUUCCUCACCUAAGUCGGCUUAUGCAACUCCUCAAGCUGCCUCCCUCAUCCACAGGAGGGGCCUCGCCAGCGGUGGCGACCAUCAUGGACCUCCAAAGGUGAAUUUUUGGCAAGACCCCAUGAACCCAUCUAGAUGGAAAGAAGAGCAUUUUGUGAUUGUUUCUUUAACAGGGUGGGGUUUGCUCCUUUAUGGAGGUUAUAAGUAUUUCACUGGAGGCAAGAAGGAAGGGAAGGAGGAAGAGAAGGUUGGACAGCCAUAGGCCUCAGCUCUACAUGGUCUGAAUAUAUAAGAGGAAGUAAGUUAAUUAGCAUACAUGGUGAGAAUGUCUUCCUAUUUGUAUGUAAUGGUCUAGUUUUAAGCAGUUUUGGUCAUGUACAUGACUCUUCAGAAUAAUGGUGGUGACUGUUAGCACUUCUUUUAAUUUCUCUUGUGGUCAUAUCACCAAAAGAAAUAAAAAAGAUGAUAAUGAUAGUUUCUAUUGUGGUUGUUUUCA